AUGCCCCCAAAAAAACCAAGCGUUCCUCUUCAAAAAAAAGCUGAAGGCCAAAAGAAAGAGGUCAAGGAUGAAGAAGGCAUUGCAGCAGCAUCAUCAUCAGCAACAACAACACCAGCAUCAUCCUCUCAGACCAGUACUGGAAAAGAGAGUUCUCAAGGAAAAUCAAAAUCCGGUACAGCAAAGAAGAUUUCAACCACGGAAACUAAAGAGCCAGCAGCUGCCGUGGCAUCAUCAUCCUCGGCUGAGGCUUCUUCUACAGAGCCUGCUAAAGAGGAGUCCAAGAAAAAGACCAAAAAGACAACAACAACAUCAUCAGGCAAGAUUGGCAAGAGACGAUCAUCGGAGGAUCCAAAGAUGAUUAACAGCAAAUCCAUUCAGAGAAUGGCAUUGAAAGCUGGUGCUCUCAGAAUUAAUAAGGAUGUCUAUGAUGUCGUGAAGGGUAUUUAUAUGGAUAUUCUGGAGGAUGUUCUCUAUCGUUCUGCAGUCUACACUGUGUAUGCCGAUAGAGUAACCAUCAAAGCCAAAGAUGUGGAACAUGCCAUCGAGGCCAAUGGCCACAAGAUUUAUCCAAAUGCUGAUGAUACCGAGUAUUUUGCGGAGACUGAAAAAUCACACAAGAAGAAGAAAUCGGAAGGAGGCUCUUCCACGAUGGACGAAUCCAAGGAUGAGGAGUACAAACAAGAAGAAGAAGAAGAGCAAGAGGAGGAAGAAGAUACAGAAAUGACAGAAGCAGCAGAGGAAGAGGAAGAGGAGGAGAAACAAAAACCAGAGAAGAAGGAAUCCAAGAAAAAAGAGUCAACCAAGAAGAAGGGAAGCAAGAAGGAUUAA